CUGCAACACAAGGCAGAAUCACCGAUAUUCCAAACCUAAUUCCAACAAAUAAGCAUCAUCUUUCGAACCUUUUUUCACAUUCUCUUGGCUCUUGCAUCUUUGUCUUCAUAAAAAACCCCCACUCAUUCCUCCUUUCUGCGGUGAACUAAUAAUAAUAAUAGUAAUGUCCCUUAUUACGAGUCCUCAAGCUGUCAACUUUGGGGGCUCCCCAUCAUUUAGAAGAUUUUCUUAUACAUUGUUCUUGAAUAAAAGAACUUCAUGUAUAUUUCAACAAAAGAAGAACUACGGCAACUACAACAAGAGAAAAACAAACGUCAGACUAGUCUCAUCAUGUUUAAUGGAUGAUUCCUUUUCCUACUCAAGUUCAAGUUCAAAUUCUCCAGGAGAAAUGAUUGAGAUGUUCUACAAAUGCAUCAAUGAAAAGAACUUAAAGAAAAUGAACACUUACAUCUCAGAAGACUGCCUCAUUGAAGACUCCUUGUUCAUUGAAAAAUUUAAAGGGAAGAAGGCAGCUAUGAGUUUCAUCGAAAAACUAACUGAAAGCAUGGGUCCAGAUGUGAAGUUUAGAAUUCGUACAGUAUACGAAAGACGCCCUUCCAUGGCAGGAGCAAUCUGGCAUUUGGAGUGGAGGAACAUGGAGAUUCCCUUAACCAAGGGUUGCACCUUCAUUGACAUCAGAGAUGAAGAAAGAAAAACUAUACAGAUGGUACAAAUUAUAACUGAAUCACAAUUAAAAGCAGGACAUCUAUUCUUGGCUAUAAUGAAACUUGUGACUUUAUUGCUUGCAAAGCAUCCAGCAAUCUUGGAAUGGUUGACAAAAGUUUCUCAACAACGUUGGGUAAAGAGGAUAUCAAAGAUCUGUAUAUUUCUCUUCAAACAUCUCUUGGACAACUUUUUGAAGAGCUAUCUAACCUUCAUACAUCUUGGGACUCAACUAUAUAGUCAUGUACUCAAUUUUUUAUGUUAUGUUAUAGAGUGUUUCAAGUAAAGGACACAUCAUAUAAACACAUAUACAUCAUAUAAACACAUAUAAAUUUAUUCCGUUCGCGGGAAUGGAAAAGAUUGUGAACAUACAAAAUAUCCCCUUCUAGUCGUCUUUUCCACCACGACUCAAAUAUGUAUGUAUAUCAUAUAAGUGUUAAACAAAUUCACGGCCGGUACGUUUUAGAUAUAGAA